GCUGCUCUGCUUUCCGCUCACUGUCCCCGCUGCCCUAUGAAUUAUUCUCCCGAGCUGCAUCUCUGAGCUACCGCAACCGCGAAGAUGGCUGCCCGGACCAUGCAAGCGGCGCGAUGCCCGACAGAUGAGCUGUCGCUGACUAAUUGUGCCGUGGUGAGCGAGAAGGAUCUGCAGUCAGGACAACAUGUGACGGUGAAGACCACGCCCAACCACAAGUUUGUAUUCACCGUCAAGGGCCAUCACACUGUGGUGCCUGGAACGAUCGCCUUCAGCCUGCCUCAGAGGAAAUGGGCCGGCCUCUCCAUCGGCCAGGAGGUGGAAGUGUCCAACUACAACUUCGACAAGUCCAAGCAGUGCAUCGGCGCCAUGACAAUCGAAAUCGACUUCCUGCAGAAGAAGAGCACCGACUCCUCCCCCUACGACUCUGACAAGAUGGCCGCCGAGUUCAUCCAGCAGUUCAACAACCAGGCCUUCUCCAUCACCCAGCAGUUGGUCUUCAGUUUCUGUGACAAGCUGUUUGGCUUGAUGAUAAAGGACAUAGAGGCCAUGGACGCCAGCAUCCUUAAGGGAGAACCGGCCAGUGGAAAGAAACAGAAGAUCGACAUUGGGCUGAUGGUGGGCAACAGCCAGGUGAUCUUUGAGAAGGCAGAGAGCUCCUCCCUCACACUCGUUGGUAAGGCAAAGACCAAGGAGGCGCGACAGACAAUCAUCAACCCAGACUGGAACUUUGAGAAGAUGGGGAUCGGAGGUCUGGACAAGGAGUUCUCCGACAUUUUCCGCCGAGCCUUCGCUUCCCGGGUCUUCCCUCCAGACAUUGUGGAACAGAUGGGUUGUAAGCACGUGAAAGGCAUCCUGCUGUUUGGGCCCCCAGGCUGUGGUAAAACACUGAUGGCCAGGCAGAUUGGCAAGAUGCUCAACGCCCGAGAGCCAAAGAUCGUCAACGGCCCCGAGAUCCUCAACAAGUACGUGGGCGAGUCGGAGGCCAACAUCAGGAAACUGUUUGCGGAGGCCGAGGAGGAGCAGAAGAGGCUGGGAGCCAACAGCGGCCUCCACAUCAUCAUCUUUGACGAGUUGGACGCCAUCUGCAAGCAGAGAGGCACGGGCGCUAGCAGCACAGGCGUGCACGACACUGUGGUCAACCAGCUCCUGUCCAAGAUUGACGGAGUGGAGCAGCUCAACAACAUCCUGGUCAUCGGUAUGACUAACAGGCCUGACCUGAUAGACGAUGCCCUGAUGAGACCCGGCAGGUUUGAGGUCAAGAUGGAAAUAGGUCUCCCUGAUGAGAAGGGUCGCGUCCAGAUCCUGACCAUCCACACCAACAAGAUGAGAGGCUUCGGCCUGCUCGCUCCUGAUGUCAACAUCAAAGAACUGGCAGCUGAGACCAAGAACUACAGCGGUGCAGAGCUGGAGGGGCUGGUCAGGGCUGCCCAGUCCACCGCCAUGAACCGACACAUCAAGGCUACAUCCACAGUGGAAGUGGACAUGGAGCGGGCAGAGAAGCUGCAGGUCAGCCGAGAUGACUUCAUGGGAUCUCUCAACAACGACAUCAAACCAGCGUUUGGUACGAACCAGGAGGAUUACGCCAGCUACAUCAUGAACGGCAUCAUCAAGUGGGGCGAUCCCGUCACCCACGUCCUGGAUGACGGGGAGCUGCUGGUGCAGCAGACCAAGAACAGCGACCGCACACCGCUGGUGGCUGUGUUACUGGAGGGUCCACCCCACAGUGGAAAGACAGCCUUGGCAGCUAAAAUUGCAGAGGACUCUCAGUUCCCCUUCAUCAAGAUCUGCUCCCCAGACAAGAUGAUUGGACACUCCGAGAUUUCCAAGUGCCAGGCAAUCAAAAAGGUAUUUGAUGAUGCCUACAAGUCCCAGCUCAGCUGCGUGGUGGUGGACGACAUCGAGCGUCUGCUGGACUACGUCCCCAUCGGCCCCCGUUUCUCCAACCUGGUGCUGCAGGCUCUGCUGGUGCUGCUGAAGAAACCUCCACCCAAGGGUCGGAAGCUGCUGAUCAUCGGUACCACCAGUCGGAAGGACGUCCUGCAGGAGAUGGAGAUGUUAGACGCCUUCAGCACCACCAUUCACAUCCCCAACAUCUCUACUGGGGAGCAGCUAGUCGAUGCCCUGGAGCUGCUGGGGAGCUUCACAGAGAAGGAGCGGGCCAACAUCGCGCAUCAGAUGAAAGGGAAGCGUGUCUGGAUCGGCAUCAAGAAACUCCUCAUGCUCAUCGAGAUGUCCCUGCAGAUGGAUCAGGAAUACAGAGUGACCAAGUUUCUGUCUCUGCUCAGAGACGAGGGGGCGGUGAAUGAAGGCGAUCAAAUCCGAAUUUAAGCCAUCGGUCACUCUCGCUGUUCACUGUGAUCGCAGCUUCUAUGAGUAGAGGGCUUUGGAAGAAUGGAGGAGGCUGUCAUCACAUCACCAACAGGCCACCAUGAGAAAGAGGAGGAAGUGGCGGAGAGAGGGAAAAAAAAGAAGAAAUCCGUCUCCCAUCAUCUAUCCAGCUGUCUGUUCACCCAGUGAUCCAUCCAUCCGUCUAUAUCUAUCUAUCUAUACACCCUUUCAAAGAGAAGAAUACACGGUUCCUAUAAUCACAGCAUGUCUCAGUAGCCACAGCUAUGCCCAGCAUCACCGUCCUUCCUCCUCCUCAUCUUCAUCAUGACCAACAACACUUACUGACAUAUCACAGAAAAAUUGUACGGGGAAUUGUACUGUUAAAAAAACAUCUGUCGUCUGUAAAGAAGUUGCAAUAGGGGACCGCAAAAAAGUGCUGUCUUGUGCAUCGUGUGUAAAACAAAAUGGAAAAAAAAUAUAUAUUGCCAUGUAUGUUUUUAGCUUCACGUAUUUGUUGUAUUUGUUGCAUAUCUCUCGUCCCGCUUGGGGUAGUUAUCGUUAGUACAAUAUGUAUACUCGGAAACAGGAACAAUAUAUGUGGUAUACAUACAAAAAUGACACGAAUCCUCAAGCCGUUUGAAUAUUAAGAUGUCAAUCUAUGAGAGGCUUUUAGUGAGUUAUGUAGUGGAUGUUCAAAAAGCUGUUUAAUGUGUAAAUGUAAGCCCUUUAAAUGUAUGUUAUUUAUUUCUUGUACAUAGUAUAUAUAUUUAAAAAACACUAUAUCAUGAAAGUUAUUUAAAUAUCAGUCUCAAACUAUGAUCAGUAUGAUUUUCCCUUCCCAUAGCUCUGGAGAUGUUGACUUCACCAGGUGACUUCAGUAGUGAAAGUAAAUGUUGGAUCGUUGGCCUGUCUGUCUGUGUAGCGUACAGUACAGUUCAGUCUAGCUGGUGUGUGUAGGUAUGGCAUCAUCAGUGUUUCAGAAAAAAAAAAUCAGCACUUUUGACAUGGAAACAAUGAAAAAAAACCUUUAGUACUUAUCACAUCCGUUCUUCAUGCGAGCUUGUGUUAGCUUGUGUGGGAAACUAAAUUCUGCAUGUGUCCAUUGUGCGUGUGUGUGGGUGGAUGGAUGAAUGUGUGUGUGUGUGGAUGAACGUGUGAGCAUGCGACAGUGUGUUCAAAUGUGUGAGUGCGCAUGUGAAACCAGGUUUAGUCAGUUGGUGUGAUUUGUGGGUUUUUCUCAUGUCAUGUGUUCAGUGCUCGUUGUCCAAAGCUUUUUUUUUUUU